GUUUGAGGAUCGGAGGUUUUGGGUGCCUGUGAGUGUGUUGCUUAGCGAUGCUCUUCAGGCAGAUAGAUUCAUCUCCCACGUAACAUUCCAGAAACAAACGUGUGUGUGAUGGAUGUCCAGAGGUCAGAGGUCAAGCUGUCAGUCAGCUCAUGUUUUUUCUGCAGAGCCGGGAUGUUUCUUCAUUCACACUGAGCUGCAUGUGUUGAGAUCCUCCGCUUGCACCUUUCUGCUCGUCUGCAUUUAUUUACUGUGAUAAACAGCAGUCGAACUUCUUCUUCGUCUGAACUCUAUCAACUGCAGAUACACUGAUGUUCUCAAACACUGCAGAUACAACACAGCUGUUAACCUCUCGGCACAAAAAAUAAAUAAUUGUAAUCAACAGCAGCAUUUAAUGGAAUACUUUGCUAUUUAAAGCUGCAAUCAAUAACUUUUUGGGGGUAUUACUUAUUGAUCAAGUACAUAAUCUGUGACGAAAAUCUUACCCCGAUCGAUAUUGAUUUAUAAACCGGGGUGUUGAGUUUGAUUUCAUAGAUGUCAGUUUAAUGUCAUUUGACUUGGACACAAUGGAUAAUGCUGGCUUUUGUUUGAUAGACAAAAAGAAUCAAAACAUAGAAAAACAAAGAAAUGUUAAAUUUUGUGUUUGCGUGAAACGGUGUUGUAAGUAGUUGUCUAUUUAAUUACUUUUCCUUAAAGUAAUUUAGUUUUCUAUAAUUUAAUUAGUUACUUCUGAUUUAAUUGAACUAAAAACCGUGUGAUUUAUUCAAUAGUGGAAAUGACAUCAAAAUUAUAAGUUUAAUUUUAAAAUGAAUGCUUUAAUGUGUCCCUCUCGGUUGGUUAAUCAGAAUCAUUUAUGUAGUUAUUUGAACGGAAUAAAAGAGUUGUUUCAUGUCUAUCCUUCAAUCAGUGAACUAAUCAAGGUUGAUGUAGGAUAUAGAAAGUAAUAAGUCAUUAAAUAUUUUUUGGAGAGAGUCAUUUGUGCAGUAAUAUAAUUUCACUAUUGAAUAUGUCAUUAAUAACUAAUAAUUCAUUACUUUUUCAGAGUAACUCACCCAACACUGGUGUGAAAGGCCUGUAAUCCAUCACAGUGGCUCAAAUCACUGAAUCCUUUUGUCUGUGUGUGUGUGUGUGUGUGUGUGUGUGUGUGUGUCAGAGUGAUUUCCUUGUUUCUGGCAGAUUGGGUGAGAUUGUCUGUGUCGGGGUUGAAAGGCCGGUGACCGGUGGUCAUUGCUAAGGAAACUCUCAUCUGACGUGGAAGUAUUGUGUCUGCGCUCUCACAGGAGGAAAUAGUUCCUGAGUGCUGCCUGUUUCCAGGGGAAUGUUUUAUAGGGGGCGGAUCCUAGAGGGGUCGGAGGUCACGUCAGUCUGUUACCGAGCAGCCAUAAGCCAUCGACGAUUCGAUGUGCACAAAGCACAAAAAUGAGACGCCUGAUGGAUGUUUGUUAGAUAUGAAGUCCGACGCACACUCUUGCCGCUUCUGUGACUAUCAGACAAAUGCAAUAGUAAAGCGGGUGUGUAGUGAGACAUGACGUCCAUGUGAGUGACCGAGGGCCGGCCGUCUCUCGGGGCGGCAUUCUGCUAUGUGUGACAUCACAGCGUCAAGCUUUAUAACAGUGGCUGUGACACCUGCUCCGACAGAGACCCGUCCUGAAGUCAUACAGGACAGAACCCAACUGAAGGAAAACCUCACGACAACGUGUUUCUAACCGCUGGAAAGAUAUUUAUUGUCUGAUUUGAGUCUGUUUUGGUGAUAUCUUCAUUUGACCCAAACAAGGAUGGCCUUUUCAUCUCCUCUGAGCUUCUCCUCUUCUCUUCACGUCACCUUCCUCCUGCUCCUCAUCAUCACCAUGGCAACGCAGGUGGAGGGUCGGCCGUCACGGCAGCGAUCGGACUCUCAGGGGUUGCAGGAUUUGUUCGGGGUAAAGAUCAGCUCACUUGUGUUGGGACCUUCAGAAGUCAGCGAGGGUUCAGGCAACAGCAUCCCUCCCCUCUUACAGACCGGGCGUGGCUACAGGGCGGAGUCUCCUCAUGUGGCAUCACGUGCGUUUCUGGACUUCCUGCGGCGUCAGAGGAAGGUGCGCGGUCGCACCAGGAAGGGUGUGGCGCGUGGAUGUUUCGGCAUGAAAGUGGACCGGAUCGGGGUCAUCAGUGGCCUGGGCUGUUGAUACAAACAGAUGAUUCACCUGCUCAGAAGACCAACACACUCUUUCUGUUCUUCAGAUGGGACUACAGACUCAUUUCUGUUGUUUCAACAAAUGUUGGAUUAUUUCCGGCAGCAAGACACAAACUCUGACACAAACUUUACACAAUCCAGACAUUGGUCUGGUGUCUUUGUAUUAUUGACAUUCUGAGGAUUUCUCAGGAAGUGUUUGCAUGUGUGUGUGUGCGCGUGUGUGUGUGUGUGUGUGUGUGUAUAACCCCUGGCUCAUAGUCCAGUCAGUGUUGUUUACAUUAUUUACUAUGUUUGACUCGACAGAACUUCUGUCCAGACAUUUUGCGAGUGAGACCCUUUUUGUCAGGGUCAGUACUGAACACUGAAGUUAAACUUGUGAUCUCCAUAAAUGCUAUUU